AGUGCCUCAGUCACUGAAUAGAUGAAAUCUAUCUGUGGUUUCAUCUCUUUUCCCACCGGCAAGUACUCAGUAGAACAGACAAAUAGACAUUAGACAAUAGUAGAUCACUUGACCAUUUAUAUGUUCUGAUAAUUUAUGUAUUAAUUUCCACAACUUAAUUGGUUUAACUUGUUUGUGUGUUCGAAUGUUUUUAAUUCUCAUUCCGUUUUAUUUUGUAACUAUUUGUUCCGUUUGAAGAACAUAUUUUUAAGAACAUUAUGGUGUCUAUUGCAAAGUGUCAGCAGUGGUACUGCUGUUUUCAAAAAAUGUCCUCUAAACGUUUUAUAAGUACUUUAUACAGUGCUUCGUCAAAAUCAAAUUAUUCAAAUCACAGUACACAAAUUAGGCACAUGUCAACCAUCGACAAUUCAAAAAACAUGAAUGAAACAGACAUAAAAAAAUUGUUGGAAGAUGGGACAGUUCCAGAGGAGUCAUCUGUUGUUGGAGACACUGAAAACUGGACAACAUCCCCAUACCCUAAAGGUUCAUAUGUACCCCACAAAAACCAGUCUCAAGCUCAGCACGCUCUACGACCAAAGGUGGACCCCAAGGAAACGUCAAUACUGAUGUUUCCCGGCCAAGGUACCCAGUUUGUGGGCAUGGGAAAAAAUCUGUUAGUGUUUCCUCAGGUUGUAGAGAUGUUCAAUGCAGCAAGUGAAAUACUGAAGUAUAAUCUGUUGAAACUUUGUUUGGAAGGACCAAAAUCUAAACUGGAUCAGACCAUCUAUAGUCAACCAGCCAUUCUUGUGUGUUCUUUGGGCGCCAUUGAGAAACUAAAAGAAGAACAACCUAGUGCCAUUGAAAAUUGUAUGGCUGUUGCUGGUUAUAGUAUUGGAGAAUUUGCCGCGCUUACAUUUGCGGGGUGUUUUUCAUUCGAACAAGCUGUUAGCUUAGUUAAAAUACGCGCUGAAGCAAUGCAUUAUGCGUCUGAAAUUGAACCUGGUGGAAUGGCAAACAUUUACAUAAGACCUGAUUCUAAACUAAAUUAUGCUAUGAAAAUGGCCAGAGAUUGGUGUCUGGAUAAAGGAAUAGAAAAACCUGUUUGUUCUAUAUCAAACUAUUUGAAUCCUGAUUGUAAAGUAGUUGCUGGGCAUUUAGAAGCAUUAAAAUAUUUGGAAUCCAAUCUAAAACAAUAUAAUCUUAGAAAGAUGCAGAGGUUAAAUGUUUCUGGUGCGUUUCAUACAGACCUCAUGCGUCCUGCUGUUGAACCAUUUGCAGCUGCACUUUAUAAUAUAAAAAUAGCAGAACCUCUGAUAGCUGUCCAUUCCAAUAUUGAUGGAAAACGUUAUCAGAACAGCGCUCAAGUGUUUAGAAAUUUACCAAAACAAAUAUACAAACCUGUGAAGUGGGAACAGACAUUACACAUACUGUAUGAACGUCCAGUGGGGUCAAAUUUCCCUGAUACCUUCGAGUGUGGACCUGGAUCAACCCUAAGAAGUUUAUUAAAAACAGUCAAUUCUAAAGCACAUUCUACGUGUAAGAAUAUUGAUAUUUAAUAUACAUAUUGAGUAGGUAGCUUUUCAUUAAAAAUAUAUUUGUAAUCCAACACCAGUUAAUUAUUAUAGACUUAUGGAUAAAUUCUCUUAAUAGCUAAUUCCUUUACUGAGACUUAUAAUCAAAUAAACAUCAUACUAAAUCUGGUAUAUAUUAAGAUACAUAAUAACAUAAAAUUCUAUAAUUUAAAAUACAAACACCAUUGUAUCAGAAAUAAGUAACUAUUAAACUUAUUGGCAUAAUUCUAGUUUAGCUCCCAGGACGUUUUUAAAUAUUUAUAUUUAUUAAUUAUUUCUAUGUAGUUUUUGAUGAAACAAAUUAAUGUGACAUUAGUAAAUUCUAAUGUUGAUCAGAUUUUUGAAGUUGUAGCUAUUAGAGCUUAGAAGUUUGUCGUUUUACGGUAUUGCUAACUUUUCAAUAAUUAUCAAUUUAUUGUAGCGCAAAUGAUAAUGCGGACUACUUCUUGAGUUUAAGAUCAAAGUUCUUUAUACAAUUAUACAUAAAUCAUAAGUUUAACACUUUUUCCUUAUUAGUUUUCAACUUAUGAAUUAACAUUGUCACACAAAUUUGUUAUUUUUACAUAUUAUUUAAUUUGAUUUAAAUAUUAAUUUAAUUUUUAUACACUUAAUUAUAAUUUAAAAUUGUAAAAAUGCAGAAUGGUACUAUUAACACGAUCAGUUGACCAGUUGUAACUGUGAGUGUGACUGACUGGCGCGCCACAAUUUACCGACAAACUCUCUGUGUAGUAUGUUUUACUGAAAGGUUUGACGUCCAAAGUUAAAGUAUUGCAUUGCCAUCUCAACAUCUAUAUAAUUUGGCGGGUGUGCAAUCGUGUUCAUCAUGUCUUAAUAAAUAUUAUUUUAUCUCAAAUAGGUAUGCCAAUUAUGUUAUGUUUAGAAUUUGAGACAGUUAAUUUUUGGGUAAAUCAAUGGUAUUUGUAAAUUCCCCAUAAAAAAGGUGUUAUAAGUUAUAACAAUUAUUUUGUAAAAAAAAUGUUUGGAGUAUAAAAAUAUAUGGAGUUAUAAUAAUAUUUUUA